GUAACUUUAUUAUUUACUUUAUGGUCUUCUAUACAUUGUAAAACGUAUGCAGACGAGUUUGCAACAAUAUAUUCAUCUCCUAUCCCAUCAGUAUUUGGAAACCCUUGGCCUCAUCCUUUGUAUAUGAAUGUUACACAUGAUUAUAUCAAGAUAGAUCUUUUAUCCACUAAAUUAACGUCUAAUUUAUCAUGCGAGAUAUUAGAAACUGGAUUUAAGAGAUUAAUUGAUAAUUUGAAAACAUUUUUGAGUUAUGGAUUAAAUACACCUAAUAAUAAUAAACAAUAUCCUUUAAUUGUUAAAGUAUAUAUAAAUUCGUCAACAUGUGAAACUAUUCCUCAAGCUGAAAUGAAUGAAAAAUAUAUCUUGGAUGUGACAGCCGAAUCCGAAAUGAUCAUAAACUGUAACAGCGUGUGGGGAGCUCUUAGAGCGUUCACUACUCUCUCCCAAAUAAUUCAUCUUAAUCCUGACUUAGAUGGGGAUUCCUUGGUAGCUAACAUCAGCCACAUAAUUGACGAGCCCAGAUUCCAAUACAGAGGUAUAUUGCUGGACACUUCACGCCAUUUCUUACCAGUCAAUCUAUUGCUACGAAAUUUGGAUGCCAUGGAGAUGAACAAACUUAACGUGUUCCAUUGGCAUAUAGUAGACGAUCAAUCUUUUCCUUUUUUCAGCCAGAAAUUUCCUAAACUCAGUGAAAAGGGAGCAUAUAGCCAAAAAUUGGUCUACAGCCAAAAAGACGUGGACAAAAUUUUGACCUACGCUCAUAUUAGGGGAAUAAGGGUUAUGGUAGAAUUUGAUACUCCAGGUCAUACCCUUUCUUGGGGAAAAUAUUUGCCGCAACUUCUUACCACUUGUUAUCGUAGCGCUUCCAAUCCAAAUCUUUUGGACAGUAUUUCCUCUAAUAAUAAGCAGAAAUUUCCAAACGAUGUUCUUAAAAUAGAUGAUAGAGAUUAUACUGAACGUGAGCAAGGGAAAAGUAACACGGACCUUGGAAACAUGCCGAAAAUAUCUCCAAAUUUCGUUGAUAAUUUUAUUUUAAAAAGUUCUAAAGAUUCGAACAUGAAAAUAUUUACUCGAGAUGACUUACUAGAAGGUAUAUCCAAAUUAUCCAUGAAUUUUAACGUUUCCCUUGACAGAAAUAUUUUAGAAAACCUAAAUGCUUACAAAGCUAGUAGUAUCGAAUCACCAAAAAACAAUAAAGAAACGAAAAUUCAAAAUGAAGAAAUGAUUAUUCCAAAUAUAAAAACGAAUUUCAACGGAAUUAAUGGUUUUGUGAGUGCGGGAGAUGAUAGAAAUUCAAUACCGGAGUCAUCGUUAUCUCUUUUAGUUAAAGAAAGCAUAAUGGGUCCCAUAAACCCGAUUGGAGAUUUCACUUAUCCAUUUUUGAGUGAUCUAUUUGGGGAAAUUAUGGAAAGGUUCCCCGAAAAGUAUAUUCACUUGGGAGGUGAUGAAGUUAUUUUCACUUGUUGGGCAUCUAACCCCGACAUCCAGGAAUUCAUGAAACGAAAAGGAUGGAACAGCUCUAAUUACCCUUUACUCGAAAAUUAUUUUGUUCUCAAGCUGAUAGAUAUCCUGAAAGCUAAGGACCCUAUGAGAAAAUUUGUGGUUUGGCAGGAGAUCUUCGAUAAUCUUGUUCAUGGGAGCGGAGAUGAGAGAAAUCUAGCAUAUUUUAUAGACAAAACUAGCACUAUAGUUCAGAUUUGGCGUUCGGGCUGGACUUCGAAAUUAAAGGCCAUUUUGAAGGCCAAACUUUAUGCCAUCCUUUCAUCGCCUUGGUAUCUGAAUUACGUGAGUUACGGUCGAGAUUGGCAAACGUAUUACCUCGUAGACCCUUUUGACUCCGAUAAUAUUACCGAUGUGGAUGCAACAUAUUUCUUGGGUGGCGAGGCUUGCAUGUGGGGCGAAUUCAUUGAUGAAACUAACUUACUAUCCACUUUAUGGCCGAGGGCGGCAGCCGUUGCGGAAAGAUUAUGGAGCCCCUCAUAUAUAAAUAACGUCACUUUGGCUUCCCCCAGAUUACAAGGACAUAGAUGUAGGAUGAAAGUUCUCGGCAUACCAGCUUCUCCCAUUCUUGGACCUAGCUACUGUCCGCACGAAAUAUAGUCUGAACAUAUAAUCUUUUCCCCGAUUAUCAUUAAAUGACAUGGGCUAAAAAUAUAUAAAUUAUAACAUACGUGACCAAAAAUAUUUUAUAAUUUACUUAUUAGGACAAAUCAAAUCGUAUUUUAUUUAUUUUUAACAAUAUUCGAUUUAUCAUGUUGUAUUAAAUAUUUUAUAAUAGGGCAUCAUACUAUCUUAUUGACAUUUAUUUCACCCAAUGAAUAGCCUAUUUAUUGAUUCAUUCAA